AUGACAGAGACCAGCGUAGCCCCCAUGCCAGCCACCAACGCAUCCAGAGCAAUUCAGCAAGCCACACCAGUGACAGAGACCACCGUGGCCCCUAUUUCACCCACCGAAGCAUCCAGAGCAAUUCGGCAAGCCACACCAAUGCUGCAGAUCGCCGUAGCCCCCAUGCCCCCAAUGCCACCCACCGAAGCAUCCAGAGCAAUUCAGCAAGCCACAGCAAUGCUGCAGAUCGCCGUAGCCCCCAUGCCCCCAAUGCCACCCACCGAAGCAUCCAGAGCAAUUCAGCAAGCCACACCAAUGCUGCAGAUCGCCGUAGCCCCCAUGCCCCCAAUGCCACCCACCGAAGCAUCCAGAGCAAUUCAGCAAGCCACACCAAUGCUGCAGAUCGCCAUAGCCCCCAUGCCCCCAAUGCCACCCACCGAAGCAUCCAGAGCAAUUCAGCAAGCCACACCAAUGCUGCAGAUCGCCGUAGCCCCCAUGCCCCCAAUGCCACCCACCGAAGCAUCCAGAGCAAUUCAGCAAGCCACACCAAUGCUGCAGAUCGCCGUAGCCCCCAUGCCCCCAAUGCCACCCACCGAAGCAUCCAGAGCAAUUCAGCAAGCCACACCAAUGCUGCAGAUCGCCGUAGCCCCCAUGCCCCCAAUGCCACCCACCGAAGCAUCCAGAGCCAUUCAGCAAGCCACACCAAUGCUGCAGAUCGCCGUAGCCCCCAUGCCCCCAAUGCCACCCACCGAAGCAUCCAGAGCAAUUCAGCAAGCCACACCAAUGCUGCAGAUCGCCGUAGCCCCCAUGCCCCCAAUGCCACCCACCGAAGCAUCCAGAGCAAUUUAG